AUGACUAGGGAUGGAGGGUUUAUCAUAAUGAAUGAACGAUCACACAAAAUGAUGCUGUGAACGUCUAUCCCAGGUAGACUGUCGCGUAUGAUGUCACUUCCUCUUUCAUCUCACGUGACCUUCUGACAUGCCAAAAUCACACAGCGGUAACCGCCCCAAUCCCCCUUCCUUCCUCCCCCUUAGUAUUAGGCUGAUUGGUCGUAGCCCACCUGAGCUCCAAGCUAUGCCCACCCACUUUUUUUCUUGGCAGUAACGAGGAGCAACAAGGCUCUAUCAUUACACAGACAUGUUGGUAAACAUACCAACCAGGAUUUCGUACACCUCGAUCAGGAUCCUAUGAAAGCUUGUUUUCGUUGUGUUAUAGACCUUGAUGUCAUUGCCAAGUCAAACAUGUGAGCAGGUCACGGCAGUCAGACAUCCGGGAGUGCAUAUAAGCUGUGUUCGAUGAGGUGUGAAAUGGAUAUCUACUGUGUUCAGUGACGCGUGAAAGGGAUAUCUAUGCUGUGUUGAUUUGGUUGUGGAUAUAUCUAUUGUGUUCAUCAAAGCGUGACUUAAAAACCAACCAUCAUGACUUCCACACAUCAGGCCAAAGGAUGUUACGCCGAGUUUACCCAUCCUGCUCUCAAAGACCAUAUCAACCAAAAUAACACGUCUGCUCUGAAGCUGGCCAUUCUCGUGGCAGAAUUUGCACAACAAAUGGCCGCAGCCCACGAACACUUCUCAAAAGAAAUCCAAUCUGUAAUAUCAUCAUUCCGCAGGAAAAACUACGAACUGCUGAAAGAAAGGCCAGUAGACACCCCAUCAUCUAUAUACAAUGCCUGGGAGACCCUGCUUCAGGAAACAGAGCUUGAUGCUCAGGCCCACCUGGAUGCUGCAAGCUUGUUGAUAAAAAGUGUGUAUAAGCCGCUAGAGGAAAUGGCCACAUACAAACAGAGUCAGGCUCAGCGUCUGAACGUGUUUCGGGAACACUUUGACAACACUUUACACAAAGUUCAGAACCAACUAGAACUGGCAGAAGAGGAGUAUCGUAGUUCCUACUCACAGUACCAAGAGUGUAGUACACCUAUAUCCCGGGAAAAUGCCAAAGUACAGUUCUAUAAUGCACACAACGAAUAUGUGUUCCAAAUCAGGGCUUCCAACAGAACUAUAGACGAAUUUCAAAUGGUUAUACCAAAGGUUUUAGAGGAACUAGAAGAGAUUUAUAUAGACACCAGUAAUACCGUAAAUGUGGCGAUAGAGAGCCAUGCUCUUCUACUGUUGACAAAGGCCAAUGAACAACACAAGCGAUUUGAGGAGCUGCUGAAGGUCUGUCGACAGGUCAACCCUCAGUUAGAUAUAUCAUGGUAUGUCGAGGCCCUCAACCCGGAGUGUCCUCGGCUAGAACUUCAUCACCCUUGCUUCCAACCAGCUGACAUCGCCAUUAUCAACUCAGAGGAAUCUAUGAAGAACACAUUGAUUGUUGAUCGGCAUACUGAAGUAACACUGUAUGAGCGACGAUGUCGUCUCCAGAAAGAGGCAGCAGAGUUAACCUCCUACAUCAAACAGAACCAGGACAUCACACACACACUUGUAAAUAUAUGUCAAAGAAACUUAGCCAAUCACCUGUACGCAAAAGUAUAUGAGACACAAGAAGAUAUGUGUCGAAAACGAAAUGAAAUACGAAUAGCUAACAUGCAAUUGGCCGCAGUGAGAGCACAGAUUGACCUGUUCACAUCAAAACAGAAUGGCUCAGUGGAGGACAUGUCGGACAAGAAAUCAGCGGCUUCUAUCAAGGGCAUGUGGAAAAAAGCUGUCAAAAACCUCAAAACUGCAUCAGAAACCAAAAUAAUAAAGAAAGGCAGUUUUAUUAAAAAGAAGCAGAUCUCCACAGAAGCAGAGGAACCAGAGCCAGCACCAUCAGGAGAAAUUGAUCCGGUAUACAGUUUACUGAAGUGUGCAGCUGAUCUACCAAAGGGUGGCCCCAAGGCAUGCGGUGUUCACAGUCAGUGUUCCGGCCACCAUAGUUCUAUACGACGAGGCAGCCCCGGGGCGGGGGGAGACAGCAGCGGAAACACCUCCAAAACUUCCAGUCCGUCGUCAUCAGCGAGCCACAGUCCUAAAGGUCGUCGAAAAAAAUUGAAUGCUCGCAUGAAGAGUUUCUCCCUGGAUACUCCUGAACCUUCCAAACAUCACCUAGGAAUUGAUGAAAUCACAAAGAAGAAAAGCAGUUCCUUCACUAACACGUGUUUUGGAGCCGGUUCUUCUAGUCCAGGAGACAAAUAUUCCGCAGCCAAUCUACGUAAGAAAUUCGCUGCCAGUGCCAAAACAACAUCCCUUGACAUCGAGGACAAGAAGAGAGGGAGUUUUGUACCGUCGCCAAAGGAAUCUCCAAAAGCACAAAGAAAACAAUCUAAAGAAGCGAACACAACGGUCUAUGUGGCACUGUACAACUUCCGGGGUAAGGAGAAGGAUGACAUGGACCUCAGAGCAGGAUGGAGACUUUUCAUUGUUGAUAGCUCGGAUCCAGAUUGGUGGAAGGGUAAGUGUAACGGGAAAGUUGGCUACUUCCCAGCCAAGUAUGUGGUACCGCUUCAGUUUGCCCAGAGAGUGUACCAGGUCACACAACCCAUGCAUCUUACAGAAGGAGGAAACGGCAUGAAACUGCAUAAAGAUCAGAUUGUUUUACAAGUUGGAGAUGAGGUCGAGAAUGGAAUGAUAUUGGUGAGGUCGGCCAGUAAUAAACAGGCGUUAUGUCCUGUUAAAUACCUCAACGAAGUGUAACCCAUGUAUCGCCCGCCAUCGUGUAAAUACUUCAACGAAGUGUAAACCAUGUUUCACCCGUCAUCGUGUAAAUACUUCAACGAAGUGUAAACCAUGUUUCACCCGUCAUCGUGUAAAUACUUCAACGAAGUGUAAACCAUGUUUCACCCGUCAUCGUGUAAAUACUUCAACGAAGUGUAACCCAUGUAUCACCCGUCAUCGUGUAAAUACUUCAACGAAGUGUAAACCAUGUUUCACCCGUCAUCGUGUAAAUACUUCAGCGAAGUGUAAACCAUGUUUCACCCGUCAUCGUGUAAAUACCUCAACAAAGUGUAACCCAUGUAUCACCCGUCAUCGUGUAAAUACCUCAACAAAGUGUAACCCAUGUAUCACCCGUCAUCGUGUAAAUACCUCAACGAAUUGUAACAAGUCUAUCGCCCGCAGUCGUGUAAAAACUUCAACGAAGUGUCGCCUAACAUCCAUCCUGUAAACACCAAAUUGAAGUGUCACCCAUGUAUUGUCCGACAUCCAUCGUGUAUAUACUUCAACGAAGUGUCACCUGUGUCGCCCGUCAUCGUUUAAAUACUUCAUCGAAGUGUCGCCCAUUCGUCGCCUGAUAUGGUGUGAAUACUUCAUCGAAGUGUCACCUAUGUGUCGCCUGACAUCGUGUAAAUUCCUCAACGAAGUGUCACCUAUGUGACGUGUCGCCUGACAUCCAUCGUGUAUAUACUUCAACAAAGUGUCACUUAUGUGUCGUCUGACAUCGUGUAAAUACUUCAACGAAGUGUCACCAAUUUUUCAUCGCCCAGUAUAUUGUACAUGCUUCAACGAUGUGUAACCCUGUUUCAAUCACUCAGCAAAGUAAACAUACCUCAACAACGUGUUGCCCCUAUUUCGCUGCCCAUUAUCGGGUAUAUGCUACCCAUGUUUAGUUUGUUAUCCCCUAUAUUACCCAUACCUGAACGACAUGUAACCCAUGCAUGCCUGAACGAACUAAAACCCUUUUUAUAUGCCUAUCUAAAGGAUUAUGAUAUGGCGUUGUCCGGCCGUCUGUCCAGCGUAAACCUAUUUCCAUGAAAUUUGGUAGGCUUUGUUUUCAUGUAGCUUUAUCUUUAGUUGUAUUUUCCAGAACGGAAUUUCAAUUCGAAAUUGUUAGAUAAAGUAAUUGUCUUUUGCUUAUUUCACCAUAUAAUCUUGUCCGAAGGUCUGUCUCAGUUAAUGACCACUUUUUUCGCUUCAUAACCAUCAUUUGAAUAUAGAUUCUGAGCAGCAUUUUGAUUGUACAUUAUAAAGAGUUAUUGCUCUUUGUUUAUUCCAGUAUAUUGAUAUUUUUCAGGGAUAUUCUAACUUGGUUUUACAUUAACCGAUCUCUUGGUAGGAUAUCUUGCCAUAUCAUGUAGCUAUGGUUUUACACAGCAUUUUGAUUGAAAAUUCUUUUUGUUAAUUCUGCAUACUUUAUUCAUUUUGAAACAAACGUCAAUGUCACUUUGACGUUGUGCGUAUAUUAAUCCGCGCGCGAUACUCUUGAUUAUCGCCCAACACAGUGGACUUGUAAUCUGUGUUGUGUUGCUCAAAGUGAAAUCCCUGACUUGUAUCAUCACCCGUUACCAAUUUUUACCCAUCCAAUGUUAUCGGGCAGGAUUCUUAAUGUACGAAGAGAUUGGUAUAUCUUUUGUAAAUAUCCUGCGGCAAGUUUCAUCAAUACUCCAUAGGAAAGCAUUGCAAAAUUGAAGAAAUCCUUAACUAUGAUUUUUUCCUGAAAUCCAAUCAAUUCUUUUCCUUUGGAAAUUUUUAAGCUACGGAACUUCCUAAGUUAAGCAACGUUGAUGAAACUGAACCAGAAGACAUGGCUGUCCGUACAUCAAUCUUAGGAGAGAUUACUUCUCAUUAAUUAAUCAAAUUUAAACAGAUCCUGCUAUUUCGAACAAUGUUUCAAAACGGCAAUAUUUGUGAAGAUUGAUGAUUCACCUUGGCAUUUUAAAUAUGUUUACUGUAUAGCCAUAUUUGUUAGAUUUGAUCUGCGCUAUUGGAUUCCUUGAUGUGAAAUUCUGACCUCUAUCUAGGUGGUCAGAGACUCGUUCCUGUAGAGUAUUAAUUCAUUUUUACCAUAUGCUGUCAUUCUCAGGAUAAAUAUGUUAAUUUUCACCGAUUUUAUUGCAUUGACUUAUUGCAUAGUGUAUCUGGAUCACUUUGAAGAGGCAAUGAACACACCAUAAAGUAAUUCUCCCUGAACGAACUCUUUCUUUGUCAAAAUAAAAUAUGGUUCACACUUUUGCUGAACCUGCAUUCCCUAGUCAGAUAUAUAAUCUUCAUAUACAAUAUCUUGUACGUUAAUAGUUCGAUAAAUUUUACAGGGAAUGUAUUACGGGGAUACGUUGUAAUUGUGAUACAUAAAUGGUAUAUGAAACCCAAAGAGUGAUUGUUUGUUGUAUAGGUUAAAUGGGUUGAUGUACCUGACUCGAGUUAUUAAUAUCUCUUGUUAAGUUAUGUUUGGAAAAAUAUGUUACCCAAAGUAAGGAACACCAAAAUAUAGUGCUUAAUUUCUUGAGAUGUUGUAUAUAUACUGAUGUAUUAGCCGUUAAACAUUCCCCUUACCAUUGUUCAAACAUAAGAAUAUGUAUAUAAAUACGAAAAAAAAUGUCUAAAUAAGCUGUUUACCUAAAUGAAUAUAUUCUAACCCGGAAAUGUUGUACACAUUAUGUGCC